AUCAACAAAGCAUGCAGCGAACGCAGACCUACUAUCGCCCAAAACGCCGAGCGGCGACACCGGUUUAGUUACCAGAAAACCCGCUAGAUGGCGCUGACCCCGGCCCAUAGGAUUCGUACAUCGCGGUGUUAAGAUUUUUCCCGAUUUGGUUAGGCUCGCCGCUUGAGACUUGCUAUGUAUCGAAUCUUAGUUACGGAUAUUAUUUAAUUAUAGUCCCCUGCUUCCCUCGUGGAACUACGCACUAUAAUUAAAAUAACGUCUGACAAACGUGCUUCCGCUCCAGUUCUCACUCUCACACUAACUGGUUGGGGAACGCGUCAGCUUAGUCGUCCUUUGUAAGAAACGAAACGUAGUAGUAAUAUAAGACUUGCACAUUUCGUAUUGAGUUUCCCUUCUCUCCCCGCGCACCCCCGCUACAAACUGGCAGCCCAACGUUAGGCGUAGCGAACUCACGCGCACAUUGCUGGAGGUGCCAUCGGAAUCUAUGAAGGACGAACCGAAGCCAGAGGUGUCUACACCGCCAUCCAAGCCUUCAACUACCUCACCGGAGCGCAGACCUUCAGGACCUAGACUGGUAACCAAACCAGCACGAGCAGUACGGAAACCGAGGAAGCCCGCGAACAUGGCAGUGUCACUGACGGAAGAACAGUUCGAACGUAUGAUGGCGGCCAUGGCACCGAAGCCUGGGUCCCUGACGCGUUGCACGCUCACUUAUGACGGGACGAAGGAAACCGACGUCGUAGAGGCAUUCUUGGCUGCCGUCAAUACAUACAAGCGUGCCGAGCGCAUAUCGGAUCAGGACGCUCUCACGGGUCUCCCGCUCCUCCUUAAGGAUGCCGCAGCGACUUGGUGGCAGGGAAUGAAGGACAAGGUCGUCACCUGGGAAGAUUUCCAAGAACGCUUGCGUAGGACCUUCGCACCCAAGAAACCAGCGUACCUCAUAUGCAUGGAGAUCACGAGCGUCAAACAAAAAGCCGAUGAGACAACAGAGGCUUUUGUGUCCAAGAAACGCAUGCUGUUCUCACUGUUACCUCGUCCAGAAUUCCUAGAGACCCAGCAGCUGGACCUCAUUUACGGUCUCCUCACGCCCUACAUCCAGGAAAAGGUCCCACGAACGUCAUUUACUACGUAUGACAAGUUCCUGGAAGAUGCCGUAGCCGCAGAGCGAUUACGUGACACCUGGAAAACUGCCAACUCUACCUCUUGCGUCUCGACAGCAGCAGUGCCUUCCUCCACAUCGAUGGCCUCACUACCAGAACCGGCACAAGCUCCUGAGACCUCACAGAGGAGAAACAAGCAGCGCUGUCGUUACUGCAAGCUGCCCGGCCAUACCAUAGACGAAUGCCGCAAGAAGCAAAGGGCCGAUGAGCAAGCCGCAUCCGGAACGACUACAUCCCACUCACCUGUCGCCGUCGUGCAGUCUUCAGCUCUGCCGAGUACCACUUCUGCCGUCGCCACGUUUCCUAAAUUCACCUGUUACGGGUGUGGCGCUCCUGGUGUCGUUAGGAGCAACUGCCCCACGUGCCACAAGUCUAGGGGGAGUGCCGCCGCCGUUGCUGGAACCAGUUUUGACGCACUUGGAGUUCAACUGGACGCACGAGAAAGGCCGCUGGUGUUCAUCACAAUAAAGGGCAAAACAGAAGGGGCACUAGUGGAUACAUGUGCCAAGUCUACCCUUGCAUCUCCUGAGCUCUUUCACCAUCUGCGUAAAACGGGCUGUACCUUCAAUUCAGGAUACGCUAUCAUAACCCUGGGAGAUGGGAUUCCCCAGCGCCGACCCGUCCUGUCGACCGUCGCCGAAGUCGAGCUAGGUGGCCGGCUGAUCCGAACCAUGUUCCUGGCGAUGCCGGAAUCUCGACACCACCGCACCCUCUUAGGAGUAGGUUUCAUACAGGAUGGGCAUAUGGUUUUGGACCUGCCACAGUUCACUUGGUGGUUCAAGGGGGACGAAACCAAUCCGCAAGAACUAUAUAGCGAAGACUUCGCUAGCUUCAAAUCUGCGGCUGUAAGCCACUCUGCUGGGAUGACUACACCUGCGGAACCAGAAGCCAGCCGAACGACCCAAGUCAACCAGGCAUAUGGACCCUUAUACAGGAUUGACCUUGCGCCAGUCAAGCGCAAAACAUACGACGAACGGAACGUCGUCGCAUUCGACGGGCACCAACUGAUAGAAGAUGCCCUUUUCGAGGACGCGUGCCGCCAGAUCGAGGAACAACAGGUUACGCUGUCUCCUGACUCAGCGAACUUGUUCCCGGACUCCUCGAUCUGCGAACUCGACAUCUCCUCUGAAACACAAGUCCAAGCACUCAUCGAAGCCAUGGAGCACUUAACGCUCUCGUAGGCUCUUCCCCUGUAAAGCCCGGCCAUGAAUUCAACCACCCCAACUCAGACCAUAUUUCGGUUCUCUUCGCCGGGUCGUCUUCAGGAACCGAGGGGGAGUCUGUAACAUCAACAAAGCAUGCAGCGAACGCAGACCUACUAUCGCCCAAAACGCCGAGCGGCGACACCGGUUUAGUUACCAGAAAACCCGCUAGAUGGCGCUGACCCCGGCCCAUAGGAUUCGUACAUCGCGGUGUUAAGAUUUUUCCCGAUUUGGUUAGGCUCGCCGCUUGAGACUUGCUAUGUAUCGAAUCUUAGUUACGGAUAUUAUUUAAUUAUAGUCCCCUGCUUCCCUCGUGGAACUACGCACUAUAAUUAAAAUAACGUCUGACAAACGUGCUUCCGCUCCAGUUCUCACUCUCACACUAACUGGUUGGGGAACGCGUCAGCUUAGUCGUCCUUUGUAAGAAACGAAACGUAGUAGUAAUAUAAGACUUGCACAUUU